GAACCCGCCUGCCGGGCUGCAGUCGCUGGGGGUGUCCCACCGAGAAGAGAGGGAGGCUGUCGCCCGUACCCCGCUAGAGGAAGGAAAAUGAGCCCCGUCCUGUCAUUGUUUUUUUGCCUCCUGGGCCUGGCCUCGGCCGGCCCCGCCACCUAUUUCCGGGAGGAGUUCGGAGACGGAGAUGCCUGGACAAGCCGCUGGCUGGAGUCAAAGCACAAAUCAGACUAUGGGAAAUUCAAACUUACUGCUGGCAAAUUCUACGGAGAUGCAGAGAAAGACCAAGGGCUCCAGACAAGCCAGGAUGCCCGUUUUUACGCUCUGUCUGCUCGAUUUGAGCCUUUUGGCAACAAGGACAAGACUAUGGUGGUGCAGUUCACCGUAAAGCACGAGCAGAACAUUGACUGUGGAGGUGGCUACGUGAAACUAUUCCCGUCCAGCCUGAACCAGGAGGACAUGCACGGGGAAUCUGAAUACAACAUCAUGUUUGGUCCUGACAUCUGUGGCCCAGGUACCAAGAAAGUUCACGUGAUCUUCAAUUACAAAGGCAAAAACGUCUUGAUCAAUAAGGACAUCCGUUGCAAAGACGAUGAGUUCACCCAUCUCUACACCCUCAUUGUACGGCCUGACAAUACGUACGAAGUGAAGAUUGACAACAGCAAAGUGGAGUCGGGUAACUUGGAGGAUGACUGGGAUUUCCUGCCCCCCCAAAAAAUUAAGGAUCCAGAGGCAAAGAAGCCAGAUGACUGGGAUGAAAGGGCAAAGAUAGACGAUCCAGAAGACACAAAACCAGAGGACUGGGAUAAACCAGAGCAUAUUCCUGAUCCUGACGCCAAGAAGCCAGAGGAUUGGGAUGAAGAGAUGGACGGGGAGUGGGAACCGCCAGUAAUCCAGAAUCCGGAAUACAAGGGAGAAUGGAAACCUCGUCAGAUUGACAACCCCAAUUACAAAGGGAAAUGGAUUCAUCCUGAGAUAGAUAAUCCCGAGUAUACUCCAGAUUCCAAUCUGUACAAGUUUGAUGAUAUCUCUGUCAUUGGCCUGGACUUGUGGCAGGUUAAAUCCGGCACAAUCUUUGACAAUUUCCUGGUCACAGAUGAUGAGAAAUAUGCGGAAGAAGUUGGCAAAGAAACCUGGGGGGCUUCUAAGGAGCCUGAGAAGAAAAUGAAGGAACAGCAGGAUGAGGAGCAGCGGAAGAAGCAGGAGGAGGAGGACAAAAAGAAGAAAGAGGAGGAAGGAGAAGAAGAGGCUGAGGGUGAAGACAAUGAGGAGGAAGACGACGACGAGGAAGAUGAAGAGAAGGAGGAAGAGGAGGACACAGAGAGCCCCUUAAAGGACGAGCUGUGAGGGGGGUGUCUGCUGCACCUCGCCCUGGGCCUGUACCAUGCAGUUCGCUUGGUUGAACCCAACUAAGGAGGGGGAUAACAGUAAUGUCUCUAUGAGACACAAGAACUUUCUUUUUUUAUUGGUGUGUUUGUUUUGUCUUGGCCCCCUUCCCAGAUGCCAUCAGUUGUCCAUUCAUGUGUGUAGAGGGGAACUAGAAACCACAUCCUAAGAAGGCUAAUCAGAGGGACAUAGAGUCUUUGGGGGACCGUAUACCAUCCGCAUGCCGUUUUGAACGUGGCCACUCCUGUCACUGAAAGCUGCUGCCUCCAGUGGCCUUCCAGGAAAGCAAACAUCUCUCUUUUCCGAGCUUGCCUCCACCUGCCUGUCCGCUCGUCCUUCGAAGCGGUGUUUUCGUAUUUCCAUUAAUAGGGUGUGGGGAGAGCGGCUUCUGUGCCUGGGAAAAUCGAAAGCAGUAUUCAGCCAUGAGGGAGGGAAGACCAGUAGUGUUGAAAUACUGGAAAGAAGGAGCAGAAAUGCCCUUUAUUUUUAAACACACACACCCCCCCCCGGGGGGGCUGCUUUGCCUAUCAGACAAAUUAUUUCGCGCUUUUUUAAAAAGCCAAGUGUAAAGAUGGGUCUACCUUUUCUGCCCUGUUUUUCUAGCCACUUGGCUAUUCCAUAUGGUAACUUUCCCUGUUGGAAGGGGGUAGAGGGGAGAUUGGCAAGUGACAGUAAAAGAUGUGGGAAUUCUGGAGCUGCUGAAAGGAUGAAAAAUGUUCUUUCUUGGCAGCAGAACAUUUUUCUAGGCGGAGGAGCAGAAAAGGCUGCUGGAGGGAGGAGGAUCACUAGUUCACACUUGAAUGUAUGAAAAAAAUUUCUAUUAAAUUAAACUUCAUGUCUGGCCCA